AUGUCUCAACCGUUAAGAGUAGAUGACUUUGUAGAUGAAUUAAGAAAAUAUGAUAGAAAAGAAGAUUUUAUGGCGGUAAUGAGAUCUUAUGAACAAAGAUAUUACGAUUAAUUUGAAUAAUUUGCAAAUAACAAUUUUCCUCCUGAAUUGUAGAGAUAGCAGAUACCCAAAUAAGAAUUCUUAUACAAACAAUAAUCAUAAUAUUAAAAACCCCCUGUUGUUCGAUCAAGUUCAGCCAAUAAAUUGGAUAUUUAAGAUCAAUACCAAGUAUUUUCCUAAUAGUCAGUCUAACCUCCACAAAUAACCUAAUUACCCUAAAGACCACCUUCGAGGGGAGAAAUUUAAGAUCCUUUUAAGAGACCAUAGGAUCAAUUCGACUACAGAUUGAGCCCAGUUGCUUAAUAGGAUCCCUAUAGAGGUUUGAAUAAAUAGCAGUAUAAUCCACAAUAAAGAAAUCCUACCUAGAUUCCAAUUCAACAAGUUCCUUUUUCUCCUUUUUAAGCUGCCUAAGCAUAAGCCUUAAUAAAUAAUACUUAAUAAUAACAAGUGGGCUUACCUUUUGGAAACUAGGUUGGAGGUUCAAUUAAUAAUCCGCAGUUCCAGAAUUAUGGAGUUUAAUAAUAAUUUUAUGAACAACAAUAAUACUAAUAGUAAACCGUAUCAUAUCCAAAGGCAGUGCCAAAUCAAUAAUAGUAAAUGGAUGCCUUUCUAAAUGAGAUAAAAUCUUAGAGGGUCUAAAAAUAAUAAUAAUAAUAAUACAAAUGA